AUGAACGCUGUCCCCGUGAGCAGGGCCUCAUACCUUCGAGUUCUUUCGACUGCACGAUCAUACAAUCCUCCUAGCUCGUCAAUAUGUAGAUGCUUCUCGACAACGGCGCCAACAUCAAGCGCAAACUCUGGCAAGAGCAAGACGGCGCGAGAGCGGGAGAAGAUCGCAAAACAGAAAGCGAAGAAGAACCGCAACCCACAAUUCAAGACCUACGACCUGAAAAAGAUUGACCAGUACUCGCUCUGUGACGCUAUGCGAUACCUCCAAGCCGCCGAAGUCCGGCACAAGCCCGACAACAUCAAAUACGAAGCGCACGUCAAGCUCAAAACCAACCGCUCGGGCCCUGUGAUCCGACAGAAUCAGAUCCAGCUACCGCACCCUGUGAAAUCCGACAAAGUCAAAUACGCCAUCAUCUGCCCGCCCGACAGCAAAGUGUACAAAGAAGCCAAAGCCGCCGGCCACUACCUCGUGGGACAGGAGGAGAUCUUUGAGGAGUUGAAAGAGAUGAAGUUUGACCGGUGCAUAGCGCAUCCGAACUCCGUGAAGCCAAUGGCUUCUGCUGGAUUGCCACGAAUACUGGGUCCAAGGGGUUUGAUGCCGAACGUCAAGAACGGAACCGUAACGGCGGAUCCGAUGAAGUUAUUGCGGCAAAUGAUGGGUGGUGCCGUAUAUCGCGAGCGAUUCGGAUGUGUGAGGUUGGCGGUCGGCACGCUGGCGUAUAAGCCGGAGAUGUUAAGGGAUAAUUUGCAGUCGUUCUUGAAGAGGAUCAGGGAGGAGAUCUCGAGGUUACCGCAGAAUGCGGUCAAGAGCAUUGAUGAAGUUGUGUUGAGCUCAAGCACAGGGCCGGGGAUCAGUUUGAAUGGGACAUUCGCAAGCGAGAAUUCGCUCAGCACAGCGCAGCUGUCCGCAGCCUAA